GGCUCGUGAACCACAACCUAACCCCUUGUUUAUGUUGAUACAUGUUUGUAAAUAAACAAAUUAAAUGUUUUACAAUGGGAGAAGAUAAUAUUCCUGCGGCGGAUAACGCUUACAAGCAAGAAUGCCCAAUUAGGUGCAUAUUUUUGUGCGAAUUUCAUCCCACGGCAGGUCCAAUUAUUAGUUGUCAGGUACCGGAAAACUUUAUUUCGAAGGAGUUGUUUGAUAGCGUCAGCGUUUACAUAAUAACGAAACCAGAGCUGCUUCGGAGUACGAUAACCGUGACUUUAACCGAUUAUAAAAUUUUGGGAUGCCCUGUACGCAUUGACGACAAAAAAUAUGCCCGAAAUGCCUUCUACUUCAACCUAUGUUUUGUGUGCGAUAGUUCGGCGCGUACCGUCCAUUACGAACCGUUAGUUACGAAACUGUCGGAUUAUCUUAUGGCUCUCGAAAUGGAAAGUAAUUUUUUGUCCACCGGAUCGGCGCCCUCCCAACUCGUACCUUUGCUGAAACAAGUUCUAGAAGAUUUAAAUACCAAAGGAGAAUGUGCACUAAUUGGUGGACCCACCGCCACACAUCUAAAAGUGGUUCAUGUCCGGAGCGCCCCCCCGCCGGUAGCCGAUCACCAGGUUCCUAUAUUUUUAAAACACUUGCCCACACAAGAAUGGGAUCUAACAACACAGCAGGUCGCUCCGUUCAUUAACGGCUUCAAUCACAUCGCGCGCAUCGCGGCAUUGGCCGACGUCGAAAAUAAUUUGGUGAAGGCGUGCGUUCAGAAUUUAGUGUACUACGGGGCGGUUGCCUUGGUGCCCCUAUUCCAAUACGGUAACGUCUACUGUACCACGCCAAAAUUAAAACUUCUAGUGCAAAACCAGGUGUUGCAGCGCAAGUGCUUGCAUUACGUCGCGAAUUCGUCGCGACAGCUGCCGAACAUACGCGACGUGUUUCGCAUGUACGCCGCGAUGACGCGCGGCACCACCAUCAGAGAUUUGUGUGUGCGAUUUAAUCCGGCCUGCUUGAACAUUAACGAGCGUAAAUUGGUGCAGUUUGGAAUAUUGGAGGAGCUGAUCAGGCGCGUUAAUAAAUACCCCGUCUACGUGGGCGACAAUCACGAGUUACAAAAGUCGUUCUCGGGCGGAGCUAGCCUGGACGAGAUAUGUUGCGUGGCAGGCAUUAACGUGCAACAGUUAGAAGACCAACUGGAACGAGAUCAUAAUGUAGUUAUUUUGUGGAAAUAAAAUGUUUAUAUUGUUUAACUGUG